UUUUUACUAGCGAAGAACAACGCGUGCUUCCCGUGUCUCUUGAAUCACGCACGCAUCGUGUGACUAAAAAUCGUAAGCACAAGAAGUCAUUUGUAAAUAUUAUAAAAUGGUCCGUAAACUAAAGUACCAUGAGCAGAAGUUACUUAAGAAGGUGGACUUUAUUAACUGGGAGGUGGACAACAAUAUUCACGAGGUCAAAGUGUUGAGGAGAUACCGCAUCGAAAAGAGGGAGGACUACACAAAGUACAACAAGCUGAGUCGAAAUAUCAGGGACCUGGCACAGAAAAUCCGAGACCUAGACGAGAACGAUGGCUUCAGAGCUCAGAGUACACAUCAUCUACUAGAAAAACUCUACAGCAUCGGACUCAUCCCCACCAGACAGAAUCUGUCCCUCACAGAGAAAGUCACAGCUUCAGCAUUUUGCAGGAGGCGUCUUCCUAGCAUCAUGCUGAGUCUUCGAAUGGCCCAGAACCUGAAAACUGCUAUCACCUUAAUCGAGCAAGGACACGUACGUGUGGGCCCAGAGGUUAUCACAGAUCCAGCGUUUCUCAUCACAAGAAAUAUGGAAGAUUAUGUGACCUGGGUAGAUUCCUCAAAGAUCAAACAGCAUGUCAUGAAUUACAAUGAUGAGAGAGACGACUUUGACAUGUUGGCGUAAAGCCUCUGAUGUUCACUCUGCAACAAGCGAGGCUAAAACUGGACAUGUCUCUGUCAUCAAUGAGAAGAAAAGGACCUGACGAUGCAAAUUAUUUGCUAGCCAUAAACUAUGGAGACAAGCAAAGUUUCACCACUUUGAAAAACAACAUCUUUAGUGUCAUCCAUCAUUUCAAAAUUGCUAUGUGGUUCCUGAUUUAGUCAGAAAUUGCACAUUUGGUCAACCAUCUAGUUAUUAUAGAAGUAAUAAAAUAUAAUUUGGUGAUGUGUAACAACAAACUGA